CACUCUGGCGUAGGAUUGGUUGGCAGCGUCAGCAUUCAAGAACAUUCCGCCGCGAAUGGUUUCACUUGCUCUCGUUUUUCUUCCUCCCCUUCUGUUGGACUGAAUUGGUUCGUGGCCCACCGAGACCACAUGUGUCCAGUCCUGCUGUGCGAAGUUUGUUUACAUUGAAAAGAGCUGCCGGGUUUAGUCGAGGUCCGGACUGCAUCCGAUGUGCACCAUCAUAGUUCUUUAGUUUGAGUUGGAUUAGAAUCCCGCUCGAUAAGACAUAAAAAGUGAUCAAAACAGAGCAGAAAUCCAAUUGCCGAACAGAUCGCAGCUCCAUUUUGGACGAUCAACUGCGCGGAGUCUCUGGUUGAAUAUUCCAAGCAAAUCAAGACAAUUAGUGUCACGUUGCGUGUGGCAGUAGGCCGGUGCUUUGCUUGCGUUGGAAGGAUUUCCUCUGGAUCGCUGGUUGACGAGCAAAAUGAUCCUCAUUCACACGACAGGCAUCUGCCUGCUCUUCAGCUAUGCAGUCUCGGCUAUACCGAAACCGGAAGAGAAGCGUGUACUGGAUCAUGAUCCACUCAGCCAUGUGCAGCAUUAUCAGAACGAUGAGCACAACAAGCAGUACGAUCACGAAGCAUUUUUGGGUGAAGCUGCCAAAACGUUCGAUCAGCUAGAGGCGGACGAAAGCCGACGCCGCUUGGGACUAAUCGUAGAUAAAAUUGACGGAGACAAGGAUGGGUUCGUUAAUCUGUCUGAACUGAAGGCGUGGAUACAGUACACGCAGCGGCGCUACAUAGACGAUGAUGUCAACCGGCAGUGGAAGACCCACAAUACGAACAAUACGGAAAAGCUGCACUGGGACACGUAUCGGCAGAAUGUGUACGGUUUUCUGGAUGAGCUGGCCUCACGCGAAGGGUCCGAUCAUCCGGCGGAUGAGCAUUUUUCGUAUCGUGCCAUGAUGAAGCGUGAUCGUCGCCGUUGGGGUAUCGCCGAUCGUGAUGGCGAUGAUGAACUGACGAAGGAAGAGUUUACCGAUUUCCUGCAUCCGGAAGAGAGUGAUCAUAUGCGCGAUGUGGUCGUGACGGAAACGAUCGAAGACAUCGAUAAGGACAACGACGGUAAGGUGUCGGUGGAGGAGUACAUCGGUGAUAUGUAUCGCGUGGGGGAGGAAAACGAAGAGGAACCCGAUUGGGUGAAACAUGAGCGGGAAACUUUCUCAAACUUCCGUGACAAGAACAAGGAUGGUUUUAUGGAUAAUGAAGAGGUGAAAGAUUGGAUCACACCGGCCCACUUCGAUCACGCCGAAGCAGAGGCCCGCCAUCUGAUCUAUGAAGCGGACUCGGAUGCGGAUGAGAAGCUGACCAAGGAUGAAAUCAUUGAAAAGUAUGAUCUUUUCGUUGGCUCACAGGCUACGGACUUUGGCGAAGCGCUAACGAGACACGAUGAAUUUUGAAGUUACUGGCUUCGAAGGUAGAUGAAAGUUUGUAGAUGCCAAGCUGCAAUUAGGUGCACAAUUAGUUGCAGUUCUUGCUACUUGAAACGCUACCAUAGGAUUUUGUAAGAAAGUCUUCCUAUCUAACAAGAAUCCCACUACACAGUCCAUCUACCGUGUUGUGUGGUAAUGCUUAACAAUCACACAAUUCCGCCUCUGCUAUGAUCUGAUCUGAUGAAUCUCUCUGGAACCACGAGGUGUUUGAACAUGAUCGCAUGUUGAAGUGUCGCGUGGGUAGAGUUUUUGUUUAUCCUAAGCAUUUUUACGAAGACCAUGUGGCCACUCAGCGAAUAUUAGUAUAACGAGGAAACAGAAUUAACAAACGUUAGAAAAGUAUUUACUAUCGAUAAGAACCACUGCCGAGCAAAUAUACCACGGGAGAUUGAGAUUUGUUUCAUGAA